UGUGUGUCCCCACUCCACGUCCUUGUCGGACAUUACUGAAAACGAGCCGACACGUUCGUGUGUUUACGUCGCGAGGAUUACCAAGCCGUUGCGAUGUACACCAAAGCAAAAGGAUCCGCUGUUCCCUCGGAUGCUCAAGCCAGGGAAAAGUUAGCUUUAUAUGUCUAUGAAUAUUUACUUCACGUAGGAGCCCAAAAAGCAGCACAAGCCUUCUUAUCAGAGAUUCGAUGGGAGAAAAAUAUAACCCUUGGAGAGCCUCCAGGAUUUUUACAUUCUUGGUGGUGUGUGUUUUGGGAUUUGUAUUGCGCAGCUCCUGAACGUCGAGAUUCCUGUGAACACAGCAGUGAAGCCAAAGCUUUCCACGACUAUGGAUUCGUGAAUAGUGGUGGUUAUGGAGUUAAUGGUAUUGCCCACAAUGCCGGACCAGCACCGUCUCCACUUGGACAGAUGCCACCGAAUGAAGGCAUGCCUGGCGGUCCAAUACCACCAGGAUUCUUUUCCAACAACUCGACAAUGCGACCAUCUCCGCCCACACACCCCUCAUCACAGCCAUCCCCCCAGCACCCCCAGCCACCCCCGCCCCCACACACGCAGAUGAUGUCCGCUCAGUAUAUGGGACCAAGGUUUCCAGCUGGACCACGACCAGGAGGAGUGCGAUUGGCACAAAUGGGAAAUGAAUUUAAUGGGCCACCAGGACAACCGAUGAUGCCGAACAGUAUGGAUCCCACAAGACAAGGCGAAGCUGGAGAGUUUGUAGGGUGGCAAGGACCACCGGGUAUGAAUCACAUGACACCAAGAAUGAAUCCACCACCAAGAGGACCUUCAAUGGGAGGACCAAUGGGUCCUGGAAGUUAUGGACAAGGAAUGAGAGGCCCACCACCUAAUAGUAGUUUAGGUCCAGGUGGUCCAGGAGGACCUGGAAUGCCACCCAUGAGUAUGGCUGGACCAGGAGGACGACCUCAAUGGCAACCUAAUACAUCCACGCCGAUGAAUUAUUCUUCGUCAUCGCCGGGCAAUUAUGGCGGACCUCCGGGUUCAAGUGGACCACCAGGUCCAGGAACGCCAAUAAUGCCAAGUCCACAGGACAGCAGUAAUAGUGGAGGAGAAAAUAUGUACACAAUGAUGAAACCUGUACCUGGAGGAAAUAUGCCUGGAGAUUUCCCAAUGAGUGGAGGUCCAGAGGGUGGACCAAUGGGUCCAAUGGGACCUAAUACAAUGGGUCCAGUAAUGAAUGGUGAUGGUCUUGACGGUAUGAAAAAUAGUCCAGCGAAUGGCGGUCCCGGAACACCGCGAGAAGACAGUGGCAGUGGAAUGGGCGAUUACAAUCUUGGUGGUUUUGGUGGUCCUGGAGAAAACUUUUUUUAAACAAUUCGUCCUGGCCUGCAUCUUCCUGGUUAAUCUCGCAUAAUGCGGAGGAUCAUGCGAAUCGCUAACGAGCACAUUUACGUACGUAGAUUUGCACAAAAAAAAAUAAAUAAAUAAACGGUUGUCGAGGCACCCUCCCACUUUUGUGCAACAAAACAAAAAGAAAAACUGAUAAAAUUAAAAAAAAAGCAAAACUUAUCGUGUUGAUCACAUCUCAUUAAGCAUUUGUUGUCAGUUGCACCCAAUUGAAAUAGGCCUAGCACUUAAGAAUCUAUUUGCGCAAGUAAUUGAUACAAAAAAAAAGUUACUUAAUUGCCACUAUCGCCAUACACAAUUUAUAAUAUAUAAAUAUAUAAAUAUAUAUAUAUAUAUAUAUAUAUAUAUAUAUAUAUAUAUAUAUGCUUCACUAAUACUCUCAAGGUUGCAAAUUAGGAUUAAUUUUUUUUACAAUGGUUAUUUUUAAUUAUUAUUAUUUUUUUUUAAAUACUAGAUUUACGUGGUUUUUUUUAAGUUAUCGUCGGUAUUCAACUUUUUUUUUUUAUUUAUAUUUAUUUGAGAUUUAGCUUUUAAGCGAAGGUGCCUGGAAAACGAAAGGCUGUUUACUCGUGACUGUCUGCUACUGUGAUGUGGUCGUAUAAUAUUUAAUCGAUUUUUUUACUCCUUUUUUUAAUAAAUAUAAAGAAAAAAAAAAGAAGCGAUACUAUAGCUUGCUUCAGUCACGUUUGGAUUAUUCUUUCGUUCUAGAGUUAUGAGAGAAUAUCGUGACGACGACUACGAGCUUUGGUAUCAUUACUUUAAAAAAAAAGUAAAGCAAAAAAAAAAAAUCCCCUUUUUUUAAGUAUUUUAUUUUUUUGUAGGUUAUUUUUUUUAGACAUUCUAGUUUAAUUAUUACUUUUUAAUUGUAUUUUUCGAUUUUUAUUCUUUUUUAUUUUAUUUUUUUUUAUUUUGAUUCGUUUUACUAUUGAUUUUGUUUUUCAACUCAACAAAAACGAAUUCAACUUCCACGUACCUGAAAUAAAAGCUCAAAUCAAGUUUCUUUAUAGUCUUAAAAAACAAUUUUUUAACGAACUCGACUCUAGAAUGAAACGAUAAAUCCGGUUGAAUUCAAGACAAGAGUCCCUCCACUGUGUUUUGCUCAUAAUUAAUCACUCUCCCUUAUACAUAUAUAUAUAUAUAUACAGAUAUUAAAAAAGAGUGCAAAAUUUUCGAAUGCAUCGACAUUUACUUGACGAAAUAAAUAAUAUUAAUAGUUGUUUGCUUCGCAACACACGACAAAUCCCGACAAUUUGCUCAAUUUGAAUUCGGUUAGUUCUUUUUUUUUGUACAUAUUCUUUAAGUACAGUGAUGAAAAUAAAAUAUUGUAAAUAAAAAGUGCUUGUCAAUUUUUUAUUGAUAUAAUAUUAAUUGAUAUUUGUGAAGUAGUUAAUUGAAAUCAAUAUUGGUAUUUACUAUUGAUAAAAAUAUUAAUAUUAUCAAUUUAUCAAUAUUAAUAAUACGGUUAAUACUAAUAAAUAUAAAUAUUACUGUUAAUAUUAAUAAAUAUUAACUUUUUAAUAUUGAUUUUUAUUGAUUGUAAAUCAAUUCGCUUCAAUUAAAAUGACAAGACUUGAAUAAUUAAAAAAUAUUCUCGCUUAGAGGGGGAAAAAUUCUGUAAUUAUUAUUAAAAACGUUGACUUGAAAUAAUUAGAAGUGUUGCAUUCGUGUAAUAUUUAAAAAAAAAAAAUUUAUCUUUAAGGUUUUUAUUCAUCAGCGAUAGUUUCCAAAUAUUUUCUCUUUUGUUCGAGAAAAAUAUAUAUAAACUAAAUUAUAAAUUGUUAUUUGUUGUUAAUUACUCUAAUUAUUAAUUUAUUAUGAAUGAUUGAAGUUAUUAAAAAACUUUUUUUUAAAUAAUUUUAUCAAAACUGUCCAUGGAAAAGAACCUUAUAAAAAAAUUCGUGUUAGAGUCGUGAAAACUUGUGCUUUAAAAAAAAAAAAAAAAAAAAAAAAGGAAAGCAAAAUCAGUCUGUGAUCAGUUGAUACUCAAAUAUUACAAUUUAGUCUCGAUUACACGGUCUAGUUAUAAUAGAUUUAAACAAUGAGUUUUUUGGAAUUGACAAAGUUUAUUAUAUUAUUUUUUUUGUCAAAUGCUAUUGAAAAUGUUGAUUCCUUCGCGUUUCCUUUAUAUAAUAUGAACGAGAUAAUACUUAUCGAAUUUUUCAUUGUUGUAUUAUCAUGAAAAAUCCGAAUUCCGUCAAUAAAAUAUGGUAAGUCGAUGAUGUUUGCGAAGCAAGUAACAAAUGAAAAAAAAAAUAAUAAAAUAAAAUACAAGCCCGAGGUAAUACCGUUCAAUUGACAAAGCAAGAGGAAUAUUAUGUAAAGAAACAUUACUAUUUUUAUAUGAAUACAAACAUCGUAGACAGUGUGAGUACUGAACCUAAGUGAGUGAGUGUAGAAGGAGAGAAAGAGAGAGAAAGGUUCAUAGCAGGAUUUUUUUUUUUUUUUUUUUUUUUUUUUAUAAAGAAAAUGAAAACAAAAAUAGGAUACAUGGAAAUUUAUCCGUCCGCAGGUGGUUAUAGGUCAGUACCGGACUAUGCUGUGCUGCUAUUAGUUACAUUUUUAACCCGAAAUUACAAAAAAUAAUUAUUAUUAAUCAACUUAUGUAACAAAAUGAUGAAAAGUGCGCGUGCCAAUCAUACAAAAUAGAAAAAAAAAAUUUAUUGGCAAAAUUCUGUGAAUCAUUUUUGACUCGUCAAUUUGUAUAUAUAUAUAUUUAAAAUUUUUAAUUAUAAUUUAUGUCAAUUACAAAUUUUUUUAUUUAAAUUAAUUUAAUUACUUUUUUUUUUUUAUUUAAUUUCUCGAAAUUUUGGAUUAAUAGAUCCAAAUUUUUGUUUUAAGAUUAAAAAUACUCAUUUUGUGCUUAAUUUUAUUUUCAAUAGGGAAAGAAAGAAAUUAGUAAUUUUAAUUACUAAUUUUUAAUCACACCCUGAUUUAUUGUAAAUAUUUACAUUAAUUUUAAAAUUAAAUUUAUAAAUAAAUAAUAUUAAUUAUUAUUAAAUUAUAAUUAAUAUAAAAUUAAUAAAAAUAAGUAUAUAAUUACUAUUAUUAUUAUUAUUAAUUGAUAAUAAGUAAUUUUAGAAAAAAAAAAUUAUUUUUCGCAAAAGAAAAAUUAAAUGAUAAAUCGGGUCUCAAUUUGUGUUGAAUGCAUUUUUUAUACUCUGGUUUGCGCACUUUUCCUAAAGAAGAGAGAAAAAAAAACUUAAACGUGUUGACUUAAUAUACUCGACGUGAAAGGUACGCUUAGGUUCCAAGGUUCGUGCUCAAUUUAUUAGUGUUGAAUAAAAAUAAAAAUUAAAAUAAAUAAUGAGAGAAAGUGAUAGAGAGAAAGAGAGAGAGAGAUUGAGAUUGAGAUUGAGAGAGAGAGAGAGAGAGCGAUGAUGAUAAUGUUGAUACUGAUGAUGUUAAAAGUCAGAAAGUAAGACGAAAGUACUCGCUAGAUUAAGAAAAAAUAUCGUUCAAUUGUCAAGAGUACCAAGAACAAAAUGAAAAGAAAAAAAUAUCUUUUUUGUUCUGCUUUUUUAUUUAAGAAAAAUAUUAAUUAUUAAAUAAUUCUUGAUGAUGCGCCUAACGCCUAUAUAAAUAAAUAAAUAUAUUGUUUUAACGCGCCUUGGUACCUUUUUGAAAAAAAAACCAUCAUUUUACUUGGAUACUCCCACGUUGUAAAAAUAUAUUACGCCUGGUGAACUUGAUAACAAAUAUAUGCCUACACGCAAAAGGGAGAUCGAGACAAUAAAUGUAAUCCUGUUACACUGAGA